UGAUUGGUUAGUUCAACUCCAGUGUAAGGACAAGUGUAGCGUUGUGUAUAGAUAGGAAGUGGCUUCUUUUCAGGCAGAAGAUGUGAAAUGGGCACCAUUUUGGCUCACGAGCCGGGAAGUUGCUCACUUUUUAAGUAUGAGUAUUUGAACCAAAAUGGCGAAUGUUUCUAACACUGGUAACCGUAUUUUGGACGCAGUGUAUUUGAGUCUGUAAUGCGCGAAGGAAAUAUAAAUUCAUAAGCUGUUCGUGGGAAUUAACUAGCCAGCCAACACUAAAAUAAUUUGAACAAACCCGUUCAUAUCAAUAACGGAUAUAUGGUACUGUGAAAAUGGACGGGUGGAGUCCCAUCGUUGCUACUGCUUCCGACGAUGAGCACUCGAGCUCCGAGGGCGAAUACACAGUCGAAGCUGGACCGCCGCGAUUGACCGAGAGAGACAGCAACAGAGAGAGGGAUGAACAACGAAGCGAUGGAGAUGCCGUUGGAUUUGGUUUGAGUGGGUUUGGAGAAGGGGCAGCGAGGCUCGGCCGAACCGGGCAGACCGCGGAGCAAGAGCUUCGGUACUUGCACUUAUUGUGGGAACCGACUCGAGCAAGCACUGUGGCCGGAGGUGCGAGCAAGCCCGGAAAAAUGACGGGGAGCCGAUCAAGGCGGCACGGCAGAGCCAGGCGCAGUGCGGGGCCCAUCGGAAAAGAUCUGUAUGCGGUGAAGAGACUCAGAGAGGCAGCGAACGGGAAUGACAUCGAUACAGUGCGCCGCCUGCUUCAGGACAGCAUUGAUCCCUGCGCGGCAGACGAUAAGGGCAGAACGGCUCUCCACUUCUCCUCCUGCAAUGGUAACGAGAGUAUCGUACAACUGCUGCUGAGCCAUGGCGCGGACCCCAACCAGAGAGAUGGCUUGGGCAACACUCCUCUUCAUUUAGCGGCCUGUACCAACCAUGUGCCUGUCAUCACCACACUUCUGAGAGGAGGCGCACGUGUAGACGCCCUGGAUCGUGCUGGGAGGACCCCUCUGCACCUGGCCCGCUCCAAGCUAAACAUACUGCAGGAGGGAGACUCUCAUAGCAUAGAGACGUUAAGAGGGGAGGUCACACAGAUUAUCCAGAUGUUGAGGGAGUACCUGAAUGUGGUGGGCCAGAGUGAGGAAAGGGAGAGGCUGGAGCACAUCUCUACCCAGCUGCAGCACACCCGCACCAAGGCACAGGUGGAUGAGGUAGCAGACUUGCUGGCCAGUUUCACAUCCCUCAGUCUACAGAUGCAGAGUUUGGGGGAUAGGUAGAGAGUGGUCACAGAAAUGGACAUGGGCCAGUUGGAUUUGGCUGGGGGUGGGUGUAGAAGCAGAAUUGGAGGCAAAUGACAAAAUGAGAUGCAUAUGUAAGUUUGGAUGGUUUCAUUACCUCAUCCUUUAUAUUUUGGGAAGCACAUCGAAAAAUGCACUAGUUUUCACACAGAACUGAGUCUAUAUGAACUGCAGUCACAAGUACCGUCGCUGUUUCUUGGUCAACCUUUUGAUCCUUGUCACGUUCUACGUUUGUUUCUGCCCUCCCCCUUUACCGCAUGUAUUGUACAGAUGUUCGGUGUAAAUUAAUCAUAGUUGUUGGCUGUUGUUGAUGUGUGUAACAAUUUGGAUGAAUUAAUAAAAACACUGAAACUUAAA